GGAAAGAGAAAGUGAAAGUGUAGCUGAGCUGUUGUGUGUUUGUGACUCUGUAUUUCUGCAGUAAAAUGGCAGAAGCCAGAUUUUCUCAGGAUGAAUUCUUGUGUUCAGUGUGUCUGGAUCUCCUGAAGGAUCCAGUGACCAUCCAGUGUGGACACAGUUACUGUAUGAGCUGUAUUAAAGACUGCUGGGAUGAAGAGGAUGAGAAGAGCGUCUACAGCUGUCCUCAGUGCAGACAGACCUUCAGCCCAAGACCUGCUUUAUUUAAGAACGUGGUGUUUGCUGAAAUGAUGGAGAAACUGAAGAAGACUAAACUUCAAAGUGUGGUUCCUGCUGGAGCUGGAGAUGUGGAGUGUGACGUCUGUACUGGAAGAAAAUAUAGAGCCGUCAAGUCCUGUCUGGUGUGUCUGGAGUCUUACUGUCAGAAUCACCUUGAACAACAUGAGAGUUGGUUUAAAGGAAAGAGACACAGUUUGAUUGAAGCCACUGGACGACUGCAGGAGAUGAUCUGCCAGAAACAUGAGAAGAUCCUCGAGGUUUUCUGUCACAGUGAUCAGAAGUUUAUAUGUGUGCUGUGUACAAUGGAUGAACAUAAAAACCACUACACUGUAUCAGCUGCAGCACAGAGGACAGAGAAACAGAAGCAGCUGAAGGAGACACAGAAGACGCUCCAGCAGAGAAUCCAGCAGAGAGAGAAAGAUCUCCAGCAGCUGAGAGAGACUGUGGAGUCUCAUAAGCGCUCUGCACAGACAGCAGUGGAGGACAGUGAGAGGAUCUUUACUGAGCUCAUCCGCUCCAUUGAGAGAAGCCGCUCUGAGCUGAUACGACUGAUCAGAGAUCAGGAAAAGACUGCAGUAAGUCCAGCUGAAGAACGACUGGAUCGACUGGAGCAGGAGAUCAAUGAUCUGAGGAGGAGAGACGCUGAGCUGGAGCAGCUUUCACACACACAGGAUCACAUCCAGUUCCUGCAGAGUUUCCAGUCUCUCUCAGCACCUCCGGAAUCCACAGACGUAAAUGAUGAUAUCUUCAGUUCUCUCAUCUCUUUUGAUGAUCUGAGAAAAUCUGUCCAUCAGCUGAGAGACAAACUGGACAAUUUCUGCAAAGAGGAGCUCAAGAAGAUCUCAGACAGAGCCACAUUCACCAACAUUGAUCACUGGACCAGGAAGGACUUCCUACAAUAUUCCCAUCUGCUCACUCUGGAUCUGAACACAGUGAAUAAAUACCUCCGUCUGUCUGAGAACAACAGAGUGAUUACUACCACUAAAACAGUUCAGUCGUAUCCUGAUCAUCAAGACAGAUUUGAUUAUUUUCAGCAGUUGUUGUGUAGAGAGAGUGUGUGUGGACGCUGUUACUGGGAGCUGCAGUGGAGUGGAGAUUAUUUGCGUUUAUCAGUGUCAUAUAAGAGCAUCAGCAGGAAGGGACGGGGUAAUGAAUGUUUGUUUGGAUCUAAUGAUCAAUCCUGGUGUUUGAUCUGUUCUCCUGACAGUUACUCAUUCAUACACAAUAACAAAGAGACUGUUCUCCCUCUAGAGUCCAUCAGCAGUAGAAUAGGAGUGUACGUGGAUCACAGUGCAGGAACUCUGUCCUUCUACAGCGUCUCCAGAAACACAAUGAGCCUCAUCCACACAGUCCAGACCACAUUCACUCAGCCGCUCUAUCCUGGGUUUGGGUUUAAUAGUGGAUUGUUUAUUCUUUGGCCUGGAUCAGUGAAACUGUGUUGAUGAAGCAGAAUAGACUGACGAGAGAUUCUACACAUAAUGCCUCAAGCUGCAUGAUAAAUCUGUAACAGUGAGAAGUGAUAGAAUCUCUUCAUAUAUUUUCACUACAUUAUGUUUUUAUUAACAAAGUUCGGGAAGAGUGCAUCACUACUUAGCCUAGUUAACAUAAGUGGAGUGCACUUCAGUUAAUCAACACCAAUAUGUAUAAAGUAUACAGCUGACUUACCUCUAUCCAUUAUCAGCAUUUUGGUUCGCACGUCUGCUACUGUGUCUCAAAGACAAACCCCCACUACGAUAUAAUACAGACUCUCCUCAGGUCACAUCACCACAACCAGCCAGCCCUAGGACUAUUACUCCCCCGUGUAGCACCGCAAUCAAGCCCCAGGCCCCAUCUCACGGGUGCUGUACGGCUCGAGCAGCCAUUCACAUCCCAAGAUGCCUAAGCAUACCCUCACCACCUCCGUCGAGAACCCCAAGUGACUCAACAGUGUCCUCCUACCGCUCGGCCAGGACAACGAAUCCGCCCAUAGGGAAGUGGAGCAUGUUGAGCCUGAGACAAGGGCUGACCAAAUCCGAUGUCCAGCCUUUAAACAAAGCAGAAUUAUAUGACUUGUACACAAAUCUAACUUCUCUCCCGAGUCUAACCCAACUCUAAACCCCAAAGAUUCUAGCAAUAGCUAGGUCAACUCAUCUGUUAAUCACAGCCCCUCUGCCAGCCACUGUCAGUUCUGGGCCCACAGCCCAAGCAAGCGCUUGGCUGCACUGUCAAACGCAGAACCUGAUUUUACCAAGUGAGACAUGUUCCUGGGACAACAUCGUUGUUGACCCUGGAACAACAUUGUGAUUAACCAAUCAGAUUUGAAGAACCAGUUUAUAGAUUUUGUGAAGUUUACGCUUAAAAUCAGUGUUUGGUGCUUGUACAUCAGUGUCAUUCAUCUAUCAUAUCCUCUGAUUUUAGGGAUUACUCAUGGUUAAGGUUAGGUUUAGGUGUAGGGAUAUGGUUAAGAAUAUAUUUUUGGAGUAAAAUGUUGUUCCAGGGUCAACAAAAUAUGUUGACCUAGGAACACAUCGAACUUGGCAAAAUCAGGACGUGCCUGUCAAACACAGCACUGCCCCAAGUUCCCUUCAGCUCUUUCCUCCAAGUUAAAUCACAAUACUUGCUCUUCGCCACUACACCAAUUCCCGCCCCACCAUACGACACUGCCUCAGAUACUCCCCAAGUGGCUCAGAACCGAGUGCAAAUAUUAGCAGGUGUGGAUGUUAGUCUUUUUUCACUUCUUUCCCUCUUGCCCACUUCCGACUUAAACUGUAAAAUAGACUGGUGGGAUUUCUCAGUCACAUUAAAAAACCCAAGUCUCCUUUCAUCGACGACUACUUUCUUUUUCUGAGUUCACUAUUGCAUUCUGUCAGUUCGCAGAGAUCAUUUGUUCAGCCUUCCCCACAUAGGUGACGCAAACUCAAUGAUUACUUAUCAAUCAUAGCCACGCUCGCAUUGUCCUAUGGAGGGGGCAUUUCAGAGAGAGAGAAGUGUGUGUGUGUGUGAUCCUGCAUCCAUGUGUCUCUAUACAAACGUAAGUUUGUACUUAAGUUACUUAAAUAGUGAUAUUACCCCCUUAUUGCUGAUGAAUAUAAUGUAGAAAUUCAGUAUCUAAGCUAUUUUAUUAAUAAAAGUCAUGUGGCAGGGUCCACGACAAGUUUGA